UGGUUCUGCUGCUUAGCAACAAACAUUAGCGAGCUAACCAGUUGCCUGGCUAGCAAAGCUUCUAUCAGGAGCAACGUAGUCAGCUGGAGCACUGGUGGCUCGUUGAAUGUCAGUAGGUAGUAUUUAUAACCAUGUGAUCAUCACAGAUUUUACUGAGGUGUGGUCAUUAGUCAGUGUUAUCGGGACAUAGCAUCGGUAUAGUUCAGACACUAGCCAGUUACCAUACGCAGGUUAAGAAGGUUCUGAACACUGGGGAAAGUGGCUACGCUCAGCUAGUUAUCAUUAGCAGCAGAGUCACUGGCGUCCCCUGUCACAGAGAAGGAGAAGGCUGGAGAUAUGUGAUUGUGAGUCAGCUGGUGAGGCAGCUCGGCUAAUGUUGGCGGACAUCGGAUAAGUCGUUGCCCUGAUUUACAGGCUAUACAUGUGUCCGUGUGAUUAAAACUGCCCGGCCGGAGUGGAAGAGACAAACCAAGCCAGAUUUCGCCACCAUGCUGGAGGAGGACAUGGAAGUGGCCAUCAAGGUGGUCGUCGUGGGAAACGGAGCAGUUGGCAAAUCCAGCAUGAUCCAGCGUUACUGCAAAGGCAUUUUCACAAAAGACUACAAAAAGACCAUCGGAGUGGACUUCCUGGAACGGCAGAUAGUUGUCAACAGUGAAGAAGUACGACUGAUGCUGUGGGACACCGCCGGUCAGGAGGAGUUUGACGCCAUCACCAAGGCCUACUAUCGUGGUGCUCAGGCAUGUGUGCUAGUUUUCUCCACAACUGACCGAGAGUCAUUUCAGGCCAUUGACAGCUGGAGAGAAAAGGUGGAGGCAGAGGUUGGAGAUAUUCCCACCGUUCUUGUGCAGAACAAAAUUGACCUCCUGGAAGAGACGGUUAUAAAAAACGAAGAGGCAGAAGCCUUGGCUAAGAGACUCAAACUGAGAUUUUAUCGAGCUUCGGUAAAAGAGGAUCUUAAUGUCAAUGAAGUUUUCAAAUACCUGGCCGAAAAGUACCUACAGCAGCUCAAGCAGCAGACAGCAGAGGAGACAGAGGUGGCUCACACAACCAGCAAUAAAAUAGGUGUUUUUAAUAACAUGAGUAGUAAUGUCUGCAAUCAGAGCUCCAGCAAUGGCAGAGAAGUCAUCAAUUUGCGACCUAACAAGCAGAGGACAAAGAAGAGUAAAAAUCCCUUUGGAAGUUGCAGGUUACUCUAGUUAGAAUAAUCUUUGUUUGCUACAAUUAAAUCAAACCCUCACUUGAUUGGUCAAUUAUGUGUUCACAGUUGUUAAUGCUACCAUUGGACUCAAAACCCAUGUAAAGGUUGAGCUCAGCUUGCUACCAAACAACUCAUUUGAAUAAAAACAGUUUAAAUAUAACUAAUUAUAGUUACACUAAAACAGGAACAGAAACAAUUGUUUUUAUAGCAACAACAAUUAGAGUGAUUGCAGUCUCACUUAGCCUGGGCUGCUUUGGAAUUUCCAAUACAUUUCUAAGCUCCAAAACAGAGCAGUUCACAACACUGAACCAAAUGCAUGCUCUCGCCACUCGAACAAUAACUACUUCAAGUGUGAAGCUGCCCAAUGACCAGAUCAGACAUGGAGGUAGCUACCUUCAGAGACCAAAGUCCAAGGGAUUAGAAAAAACAUAAAUUGUUAGAAUUUUAAUCUGUGUACAUGUUAAUCUGUUACUACUAUUAAAGUCAUGCCCAUGGGUCGACACACUAAACCUCUUGACCUUUGUGCACACCAAGCACUCAUCAGUUUUCGGGUGUAUAAUAUAACACAGUGAUAUCUGAGAUAUGCUGCAGUCACAUGCCUUGACCUGCAUUAAGAAUUAGCACAGUCUUACAAUCUUACAUUGUGAAUUGUUCUUGCUUCAUUUCGACCAUUUCUGACAUCUCCACCAUGCAGUGGAUAUGUUUGCAUGCGCUGUCGAUUUUUGUUCAAGCACAUUGUUUUCUAACUAAGUCGACUGUUCAGACAAUAGAGUUGUUGUCGACUGUCACUCCUGUGUGCAGUAUUUUUGUAUUAAUCACAACAGUGUUGAGUGAUUGCACUCAAGUGUUGACUCUGUGCCAAACCUCCAUGAUUUCCAAGCGUUUAGGAUUUUGGGUCAAGCAACAAAUUAUCUUUUUCAAACAAACAAUACAAUUAAGAUACAAAAAAACAAUCGGUGCGUCCGUUUACAGCAGAGCUAUUUAAAAAUGUGUUCAUCAAAUCCCGAGACUAAACUAGUUUUCUCAGUUUCCUUUGCUGAGUUAAUGUUGUUUCAUUAACAUUACAACAGCAUUUCAGAUGUUCAAAUGUUGGUAAAAAUGCAACUAAACUCAAAUCUGUAUAAUCUAGAUUACUAUACACAUCCAUAGCUAAUUUAUACAUUAACUUCACUGAUGCUUGACUGAACACUACAUUAUUUUAUAAUUUCAUUACAUUUCAGACCCUAAGGAUUGACUCUUUUUCUACAAUUUUCCUUUUCUGCACAUUCUUAUUAUUGCUGUUAUUCCAUUUUUCUCACGUCUCUGUUCCUUAACUGGUAAAUAUGAAAUUGGGAUUAAAGAAAUAUUAAAUAGUAUGAACUCGAGGUGCCUUGAGCUUGACGUAAAGCUUUGCUCGGCGGUAUUACAAGAAGUUGACAGGAUUCUUUUGUUUGUUUGUUUGUUCGACAGCAUGCUCAUGUGGAUUUCCUGAAUGUACAGUAAAUCUUGUUGUUCAGAAGAGAUCGUCAAACCAGAUAUUUUAUUCCUUUAUACAGCUACUUUUGAAAUAUUUCUACAUGAAUGAUGGCAAGCACAAAAAAAUAUGAUGUGUCUUGGAUAAAAUCUAUGUUUACUAAAAAAAACUAUAUAUUGAUAUGAAUUCCUAAAGAAAUACAGAGACUGUCACCUGUCCUGUUUUGCCUUUUUAAAAGGUAACCGAAGCUAAAUGUAUUUUAUAAAAGUCUCAAGGUGAGACUAAACUUUAAUUUAGCUUCAAUUUUUUUUUAUAUCUGUAUGUUAACACUUGAGAGUCAAAGGGGAAAAUUAUUACGAUUUAACUAAUGCAUGCAAGCCUUGUUUUCACUUCAUAUUUAAACCAGAGCUGCAGAACUUCAGUGCUUUGUCCAUGAAUAGUUUUUCACCCAGCGAUCAUCACUUACAGUUCUAAUCCCACCUGAGGUCAUAUGGUUAAAUCUCCUGUUAAAAAUAUAAACUACUCCUUCUUUUCAAAUGUAACAUUUGCCUUUUAUAUGUUUUUGUUUUUUUGACUGAGUGGAUUUAGUGCACUUUAUUGUUAAGAUGAGAGACCAUCUUAAAGAACCAUGACAUGAAACUAACCAUACUUAUGUGCUGUCACUCAGGUGUUGUAAUAAUCCGUGUCCUGAAGUUACCGUUUGUUUAAUUCAAACGCAAAAGCAUUUUCACACGUUUAGACAACCCAGUAAAAUUAGUGUUUGCUGACAAAAACACUUUGUUGGAUCAUUUGUUUAACUGCUUUAAAUAAAAGUAUACAUGUAUCACAACUCACAGUGUGCUGCACCACUGCACACCAGAUGUUGAGUUAAAGUCAGGAUGAUUGUAAUCUGGAAUAAAUGUAUAAAUAAAACUUCUUUUUUCCA